AUGCUGACAAAGUUGGAGCGGCGAAAUGAACAGCGUGAGGCCAUGCUGAUUACGCGUGUGGAAACUUACCGGAAGGAGAUUGAGGCCCACAGGGGGCGGGAAGAAACCCUGCAGAAGCGUAUUGGCGAGGUGGAGGAGCUCGGACGGAAGGUGGCGACGUGGAUGAAAAUAUUGGAGGAGCGCGACACGAAAAUUGUGGCAAAGGAGCAGCGGCUGCGUCGCGUGCAAACAGACUUGGUUCGCCGCUCGGAGGAGCUUUUGUGCUACCGCAACGGCCGGGCGAAGCUGCCGUCACGGAUGGCCCAGAGGCCUACAAAUAAUCCAUAA